AUGCUGCUUCCUGCAAAACAUCCUAUUAUCGAUCUAAUAGUUAGAGACGUGCACCAUCGAGUUAAGCAUAACGGUAUUAGGGACACAUUGACGACUACUCGAGAACGAUUCUGGAUCUUACGUGGUAGAGAAGUGGUCAAGCGAAUUCUGAAGAAAUGUGUCGUAUGUCGAAAGGCUGAAGGUACCCCGUAUGGAGUUCCACCUCCCUCCCCCCCUCCCAUCUUCCACCGUGUCACGUUACAGACGAUCCACCGUUCACUAACGUAGGACUUGACUUCGCAGGACCGUUACUUGUUCGACCAGAUAAGGAAGCUCAGUCAUCAAUCGAAUCCCUUUUGAAGGUUUAUGUACUGUUAUUUACCUGCGCGUCUACAAGGGGUGUACAUUUAGAACUUACACCAUCCCUGAGCGUCUCGUCAUUUCUACAAGCUUUCCGCAGGUUCGGCAGUCGAAGAGGUCUACCGUCGUUGCUGGUAUCCGAUAACGCCAAAACUUACAAAUCAGCGUCCAAGGAAAUCCGAAAUUUAAGUCGAGCAGAGGAAGUUUGGCGCUACCUAUCUAAUAAUCGUAUAACGUGGCAAUUCAUUGUUGAGAAAGCCCCUUGGUGGGGCUGUUUCUGGCCCUUAAAGAAGGUAAUAGGAAGAGCAAGUCUAACGUAUGAAGAGCUGAGUACGCUUGUGGUGGAGAUCGAAGGGCUGAUCAACUCGCGACCACUAACUUAUGUUUUCGACGACGACGAAACCUGCACGUCACCCUUGUGUCCCUCACACUUGAUAUAUGGACGUCGUAUCACCACUGUGCCGAAUAGUCAACACUAUGAAGUUAUUAGCACGUAUCAAUCGUUAACGAAAAGAGCACGACACCACCGAAACCUAAUUCAGCAAUUUACGAAGCAGUGGAGAACUGAAUAUUUGUUGGGACUUCGUGAACAAUCUAGACUUAUGGCAAAAAAUAACAAGACGGGUAAUAUUUCAAUCAGUGACAUUGUUAUUUUAAGGAACGAUAAAACGAGUCGUUGUUUUUGGAAGCUAGCCAAGGUUGAGCAACUUUUACAUGGAGAAGAUAACCUUGUUCGAGCAGCUGUUGUUAAGGUGUUAGGUGGCAAGAUUGACAAAGCGCAACUUCUCCGAAGAUCGAUUAGUCACCUGAUUCCAAUCGAAGUGAAGCACCCGCUUAGCGAGGUCAAGAAUAAAUCGGAAGCAACAAUUAGCGAACCGCCUGUAUCGUUAAAUACUCGUCCACGUCGUAUGGCGGCGGUCAUCGGAGAGCUUAAAAGAGCCGAACAACUGAAACAUAUCUGA